AUGUCUAAUUCAGAUUCUGAUAAUGAAUCCGAUUCAUUAAGUAAUCAACUUGAAUUUUCUCAUCGACCUGAAUGGUCUGAUGUUGUACCAAUUGAACAAGAUGAUGGACUCAAUCCUGUUGUUCGAAUAGCUUAUUCAGAUCGUUUUCGUGAAACAUUUGAUUAUAUACGUGCAUGUAUGAAAACAAAUGAAAUGAGUGAACGAACACUUGAUUUAACAAAAACGGCAUGUCAACUUAAUCCGGCUAAUUAUACAGUUUGGUAUUAUAGACGUAAAAUUUUAUAUCAUCUUAAAUCUGAUUUAAAUGAAGAAUUAGCAUUUAUUGGACAAAUGAUUAAAGAAAAUCCCAAAAAUUAUCAAGUUUGGGAACAUCGUCGUUUAAUUGUUGAACGUUCAGGUCAUACUUCUAAUGAAUUAUCAUUUAUUGCAAGUAUUCUUCAAAAUGAUUCAAAAAAUUAUCAUGCAUGGCAAUAUCGUCAAUGGUUACUUAAAACUUAUUCACUUUGGUCGAAUGAAUUAAAUUAUAUUGAUCAAUUAUUACAAGAAGAUAUACGAAAUAAUUCAGCAUGGAAUCAACGUUAUUUUGUUAUAGCUCAUACAACAGGUUUUAAAGAUGAUAUAAUUGAACGUGAAUUAGAUUAUGUUGAAAAACAUAUUCAAUCAUGUCCAGAUAAUGAAAGUUCAUGGAAUUAUUUACGUGGUAUUGUACGAUUUCGUUCAACAAAUUUAAAUGAUCAACGUAUAUGGAAUUUUUGUCAAAAUUUAUAUGAAAAUCAUUUUCAAAAAGAUGAUUUUAAUAAUCGACAAUGGAGAUUUUUACUUGGUUAUAUGAUUGAAUUAUUAAUUGAUGAUGAUCGAGAUGAAAAACGUGAAGAGAAUAAAAGAAUGAUUACUGAUCUAUGUGAAAAAUUAGCAUUACAAAUUGAUUCAAUUAGAAAAAAAUAUUGGCGAUAUAUUCAAGAACAAUAUGGUACAAAAUAA